GCUGCCUGCCGGGGCGUCGGCCGCCUCUCCGCACUCGGGCGCCGGCUCCCAGCUCCCGGGCGUCCCGCGUGAGGCCGUGAGACUCUGCGCUCCUAUAGUGAACUUGCUGCCAUGGUGAAGCCCUCCUUCCUCCAGUCUUGAGUGAAAUCUUCCAACAGCCUUGGGAGCUAAGUACCGCCUCGCCCUCAGUCCUGCGAGCUUCCGGAUAUCAGUCAUGAACACAAAGGAACAGGCACUGCUAAGGAUUUAGCUGAAUUGCUAAAUGUCUGUGAAGAUUAUUCCUUUUGGGCAGUAUUCGCAACUGUGGAGUAAAAGGCUUGACCAUUACUUUUUAAGCACACAGUAACAGGAGAAGCUCAUGCUUGUUAAGAGUCUUACGGAUAGAAUGUGCUAGCUGACAAUAUUUGGAAGUUCCACUGCUGCUGACAUCGACUUUACUGAGUCAAGUAGUGUGCCAGGGUUUGAAGUCCAGAUCUAGAGGUUAACAAUGGCAGGAAAAUCGUCACUUUUUAAAGUGAUUCUCCUUGGAGAUGGUGGAGUUGGGAAGAGUUCUCUUAUGAACAGAUAUGUGACCAAUAAGUUUGAUACCCAGCUCUUCCAUACAAUAGGUGUGGAGUUUUUAAAUAAAGAUUUGGAGGUGGAUGGACAUUUUGUCACCAUGCAGAUUUGGGACACAGCUGGUCAGGAGCGAUUCCGAAGCCUGAGGACACCGUUUUACAGAGGCUCAGACUGUUGCUUGCUUACUUUCAGCGUAGAUGAUUCUCAGAGUUUCCAGAACUUGAGUAACUGGAAGAAGGAAUUCAUCUAUUAUGCGGAUGUGAAAGAGCCUGAAAGCUUCCCUUUUGUAAUCCUGGGUAAUAAGGUCGACAUCAGUGAGCGACAAGUGUCUGCUGAGGAAGCCCAGGCCUGGUGCAGGGACAACGGCGACUGCCCUUACUUCGAAACAAGUGCGAAAGAUGCCACUAACGUCGCGGCAGCCUUCGAGGAAGCAGUUCGGAGAGUGCUGGCUACGGAGGAUAGGUCCGAUCACCUGAUUCAGACAGACACGGUCAGUCUCCACCGGAAGCCCAAGUCUAAUUCCUCUUGCUGUUGAUCCACUAACGAGGGUCCCCCGUGUGUUCUAACCAACUCACAUAUACACACAGACACACAUGGGGGAGACAGGAGUGAGAAAGAUCACUUACAACAGUGGAUCAUCUACUCAUGAAAUGAAACUAACCUAUCUCACUGCUCCCUGGCUGGCUGGCAGCAGGAACAGGGUCACUCGCGGAAGCGGUUUACCCCCCAGUAACAUCUUCCGUUUAUAAAUGGUCUAGUGAUGUGUAAUUUAAAUGUGUAAGUUACCAAGCUAAUAAGUGAGAUGACCACCAUUUUAAUUAUGAUUAAAACACUUGAAUAUUCUAGAAGUUACUGGCUCCCCCCCCCCAUGGGUAAAUGGAGAACUACUUUUUAUAAUGUAUAUUUUAUGUGAUUAGCCUUCUGUUCUUGGUAUGGGGGGAAAUUUUCUUAAACCAAUAAUAGUAGAGCUUAACGAUUAAAAGUCUAAUGCAUUUGCUCUGCAGUGAUUUGAUUUCCCGUUUCAUUCUCUUUGAAAUUAAAUGUUCAUGUCUCACUA